CAGUUGACUGUUGAGUAUGUGAUCAGUCAGUCUGAUACAGUCUGAGUCUGAUCAGUCGUGAUUUUGUUGGAAGUUGAAAGAACGGCGAUUCUUUUUUCUUUCAAUUAUUGCUCAAAACAAUUUGGCUUCUCUGAAAUCUUUCAGCUUUAAAUUAAUACUUCAUUUUUAUUUGUUGACAUUUAAAAUGACGAGAUCACCUUCGAGGACAUCUUCAACCGCGCGCCAUCACCAACACAGGACAACCACAAAGAGUAGAAGACGCUCAGACUCUUCUGAUUCAAAUUCUGGUGGAGAUGUGAGGCGCAGAGAAAAGUCCAGGAAUGAGAGAAGGCCGAAACGCACAAGAAGUCGCUCGAGUUCGUCGAGCGAAAGUUCGAAGAGGAGGCGGAAUGAUGCGAAAGGACGCGUUAAGAAGGAACGCAGCAGGUCUGCAUCUCCGGAAGUGGACGAUUGGAGGCACAGACAGAGGCGCGGGAAUGACGAAAGAAGAGGAGGCCGAGGCGGUCGCGGUGCUAGAGGAGGCCGAGGAGGCUUCCGGGGGCGGGGUCGGGGGCGGCGCGGGCCUGGUGAGGAGGAGAGUUUCGAGUGGGGCAAGCAGGCCGACAGGGAGGAAAAGCCAGAGGUCAAGGUGGAGAAGGAGCAGCCCAACUUCGGACUGUCCGGCAAGCUGACCGAGGCCGCCAACAUGGUCAAUGGCGUCGUUGUCAAGUACUCGGAGCCGCCGGAAGCGAGGAAGUCCACCAAGCGCUGGCGUUUCUACGUUUUUAAAGGAGAAGAGACGCUACCCACGCUCUACAUCCACAGACAAAGCGCCUAUUUGAUAGGUAAAGACAGACGUGUGGCAGACAUCCGGCUGGACCACCCAUCUAUCUCUGCGCAGCACGCUGCCCUGCAGUAUCGGCUGGUGUCAAUCAAGUCUGAAGACGGCGUGCGCUCCUUCAAAGCCAUCCGGCCGUACAUAAUCGAUCUCGAGUCUUCCAACGGAACUUUCCUCAACAAUAAGAAAAUUGAGCCAAAGCGUUACGUGGAGCUGCAAGAAAAGGACGUGCUAAAGUUUGGAUUCAGUUCGCGUGAAUAUGUGGUGCUGCACGAGCACAGCCAGGACAAUGACAGUGCUGAGGAAAUCGUCGAUGAAGGCCCGAAUGCCUAGUUUUAAUAAAUCGUGUCGAUAUUAUUAGAACAGAAAA